AAUAUUAUCAGUGACGAACAACCCUAAACGAACUUCAUCCUUUUUGCCGACUGCUCGAAGCCGUCUUCUGUUUGACGUGUUCGACGUUAUUUAUUUAUUUUUUUUGUACAUUGUGUUUCUAUUUCUUUUUUCUUUAUCAACAGUAAAUACUUCUCCAGUUGUCCCGAGUGUAAAGUACGAUUAACUGAAAACACCGGGACACUGGUCAGACACGGCUUACUAGGCAUGUGCAGUUGAUGAUUGGAGGCAAUUGAUUAGUGUAUAUUCGAUUAUAAUCAACGUUGCGAUAAUGGUUUGUCAAACAAUAACCAUAAUUUUAUGUUUGCAUUAAAUAAACGGAUAUCAUUCAACGUCCCACUGUAUAAUAUAAAUUGUAAAACUGAAGUGAAUUUCUAGUCUAAAAUGCAAGAUUUUACAAAUGAUUCUAGUGGUCAUCAAAGCACAAUCUCAUUGGCUUUUCUUCGUUUAUCUCAGAAGCUACAAAAAUUUCUGGAUGAUAUCACACCAUUUCGAACAGCCCGAUGGAUAGCAGCAUUUGUAAUAGUAUUUUUAUUUAUGAUAAGAAUAAUAAUGUUGCAGGGGUGGUAUAUAAUUACAUAUGCAUUAGGUAUAUACCACUUAAAUUUAUUUAUUGCAUUCCUUACACCUAAAAUAGAUCCAGCUAUGGAAGAGUAUGAAGAUGAUUCAGGCCCAUCUUUGCCAACUAGAGCAAAUGAAGAAUUUCGACCAUUUAUUCGCCGAUUACCCGAAUUUAAAUUUUGGUACUCGGUAGUAAAAUCAACACUGUUGUCAAUAUUCCUGACAUUUUUCCAACUGUUUGACGUUCCUGUAUUUUGGCCAAUUCUCGUCUUAUACUUUAUUAUUCUAUUUUGUAUUACAAUGAAGCGCCAAAUUAUGCAUAUGAUCAGAUACAGAUAUUUGCCAUUUACUCAUAGUAAACCCAAGUACCAAGGUCAUGAUGAGAGUGGAAAGCUACCUAUAAUUCCAGAAAAAUUGGUACCAGUUGUCACUCAAAAUGUAACGUGAUCAGAUAUAUAUCAUAUCUGUUUAAUAAAUUUUGUUUUUAUUGUAUACAAAUAUAUUAUUAAAAUUAAUAAUAUUAAUAAAUCCAAAAUGUUUGUAUUAUAUUCAGUUACUUGGGCCUAGAAAAUAGAAUAUUGGGACUGUCAAAGUAUAAUUUAUAUAAUUAAUUUCAUAGAACAUUUUUGUAGGUGAUCACAAUUAAGAA